AUGCCAGGGUGCUUUUCAAUAAAUGAUGAUCACUUUUUGGCAAUUCCUCAGAAGAAGAGUGGGAAGCCAGUAUUCGUUUAUCACCAUACACAAGACAUUGAGAAGAGCCUAGAUAUUGCUCCACAUAAGAUGUAUAAACAUAGUUACCAUUCUUCUUCUGAAGCUGAAAUAAGAAAACACCACCAAAUUGCUAAUUCAGCAUUUCCUAGACCAGAGUAUGACCCAUCUCUCAAUCUGUUGGCUAUGGCUGGUCAAGAUCUUGAAGUGGAAAAUCUUCCAAUCCCAGCAGCUAAUGUAAUUGUGGUGACUCUGCAAAUGGAUGUGAACAAGCUGAACAUAACCUUGCUUCGGACCUUCCGCCAGGGUGUGGCUGCAGCUUUAGGACUCGUACCCCAGCAAGUGCACAUCAACCGCCUCAUUGAAAAGAAGAACAGUGUUGAACUAUUUGCGUCUCCCAUAAACCGAAAAGCAGGAGUUUCUGAUGCUCUGCCAUCUGAAGAAGUGCUGCGGUCACUAAAUGUCAAUGUUUUACACCAAAGCUUAUCACAAUUUGGAAUCACAGACAUCUCCCCUGAGAAAAAUGUUUUACAAGGGCAGCAUGAAGCGGACAAAAUCUGGAGCAAAGAAGGAUUUUAUGCUGUUGUCAUUUUUCUCAGCAUCUUUGUUAUCAUAGUAACCUGUUUGAUGAUUCUUUACAGAUUAAAAGAAAGGUUUCAGCUUUCCUUGAGACAAGAUAAAGAGAAAAACCAGGAAAUCCACCUAUCACCCAUCACAUUACAGCCUGCGCAGUCUGAGGCAAAGACAGUCCACAGCAUGGUCCAGCCUGAGCAGGCGCCAAGGGUGCUGAAUGUUGUCGUGGAUCCUCAAGGCCGAUGCACUCCUGAGAUCAAAGCUACCACCUGUGCCUCUGUCUGCCCUUCUCCUUUCAAAAUGAAGCCCAUAGGACUUCAAGAGAGACGAGGAUCCAAUGUGUCUCUUACACUGGACAUGAGUAGCUUGGGGAAUGUGGAACCCUUUGUGGCUAUACCAACACCCCGGGAAAAGGUAGCCAUGGAGUACCUGCAGUCAGCCAGUAGAAUUCUCACGAGAUCACAGCUGAGGGACGUCGUGGCAAGUUCACAUUUACUCCAAAGUGAAUUCAUGGAAAUACCAAUGAAUUUUGUGGAUCCCAAAGAAAUUGACAUUCCACGUCAUGGAACUAAAAAUCGAUAUAAGACUAUUUUGCCAAAUCCCUUCAGCAGAGUGUGUUUGAAACCACAAAACGUGACUCUAAAACUUCAAUAUUUUUUCCUCUUUAACUCCAACUUCAGGGGCUACAGUGGCAAGGAGAAAGCAAUCAUUGCCCACUCAGGGCCCCAUGAUCAAACAACGUGAAAUGACUUCUGGCAGAUGGUUUGGCGAAGACGCCAAGUGAUUGUCAUGAUCACAAAACUCAAGGAAAAACAUGCGUUAAUGAUCUUUAGACAAGUUCUGACAGUUUUA